CUGAGCUGCAACUAAACAGUGUCGCACCAGCGCAGCCCUCCUUCAAAUGACUCUCUAACAAAUGUGCCUUACCUUCUAGGACUUUGAGUCUCAUGUGGUUUACUUUGUGUUUUUGUAAACAACUCAAAAGAAAGCUGAGGACUGUGAUCUCAUGGGAAAUACCAGUUUUGAAACCAUAACAUGGAAACAUGGCCAAAUCAGGAGACCAUGUGGAAACCUACCAGGAGGAGCUCAGGGAGCAGAUCAUCGCUGGGGUGGGGUCACCUGGAGCCACCACGGAGGCCAGGGUCUCACAGCAACCCACACCUAUCACCGACACUCCAACGCCACAGGAACAAAUGGGGGAGUCCAGAGUUAGCCUCCACCAGAUGCUUUCACACCAGGAACCUGAGCUUGUAGCUGAAUUAGCGCAAAGACAAGAGAACAGCACAAUGGCAAACAUCAAGAAAUUAGUGGACAAACAGACACAGGUCAACAUGAAAACCAACAGGGAGACUAUUAUAAGGCAAAGGCAACUGACACGUGAAGUGAUGGAGGAGAUCGAACAACAAUGGGAAGAGACACAAAGCGAAAGGAAUAAAACUGGAUGCUUAAAGAUAAAGAUAGAACAGCAACAGAAGGACAUUAACAGACUGACAGCUGAAAAACACCAUCAGUGUUUACUGAUAGAAAAACUGAGAUUAGAGAUGGAGAACGUUAUUGAGAAACUCCAGGAAAAUAAAAAUGAAGCCACUCGAGAAAAAACGCAGCUUCUGGAAAUGUGGGAUGAAAUGUAUCAAGAGAGGGAAGCUCUGGACAGAAGACGUAAUGAGAUCAGGAGUGAGCGACAAAGACUGGAAACCAUCACAUGUGAUAAGACAAGACAAGAAGGUAAGGAACCCAAAGAACUCAUGGCAAAGCGAGAAGAGGGGAUGAUGAAGAGGCUCCUGCAAGCAAAGCAGGCAAAAGAACAACUUGACAAAAUCAUGGCAGACAUAAAGCGACAGAUGAAGAGAAGUAAAGAGGAUAUUUCACAAUAUAGAAGUCAAAUUGAGCACAUCAAACUUAAUAUGGAAGUCAAUAUCAAUAAGGUGAAGCAAAGGUGGAGGGAGGUUCAAAGAGAUGUGGAAAUGCAGAAAGCUGCAGUCCCAGAGAUGGAGAAGAGGGAAAGACAGAACAAAGGAACGGACACAUUUGACAGCGUGAAGGUCAAACUUGGCAGAAUCCGAGAAGAGAUGGAGAAACUUUGGGAUGUGCUGGAAGACAGUCAACAACAAGUUGAGGUGAAUAUGAGAGAGAGGCAGGAGAUAAAUGAAGAGACUGAAAGGCAAAAACAAGAGCUGGACAACAAGUUACAAAGGACACAGAAAGAAAUAAGAGAGUUGGAGGCCAUAAAGACUGAGAUGGACAUAAAGAAAAAGAACCUGAUAAAAAUGAUAAGGAUGAGCAGGAGAAAAAAAGAGGCGAUAAACGAAUUGAAGAAAGAGGCCGAAUAUAAUAAACAAGACACGGAGGGAAGACAAGAUAAGACGACAGGACAGACAGAGCAGGCACCGGAGGGGAAAAUGGAGGACGGACACAGGAUAAGACCUAAAGAAACUCAGUUUGAAGAAGAGAACAUGGAGAUGAACUACAAAGUGAAAGCCGACAUGCAGAGAGUGAUUUCUGAAGUACAAGAAAUCAGGAAGAUGCUGCAGGGGUCACAGCAGGAGCCGGAGCGGGGAAUGGAGGACGAGCACGAGAUAACACUUAAAGAAAAUCAGUUUGAGGAAGACAACAUAAAGAUAAACGCCAAUGAAAAAGUGAAAGCUGACAUGCAGAGAGUGAUUUUUGAAGUUCGUGAAAUCAGAAAGAUGCUGCAAAUGGUGAGAGGAGAUAUAGAACAGAGGAGGAGGCUCUUCACAGAGGAGAAGAGCCAGAUCAAAUGGAGAAAUUUUCAAGAGAGGAAAAAGCAAAGGGCACUAGAGCAGCGGCUGGAGAAGACCAUGAAAGAGAGGGAUGAGUUAGAGAUUCUGAAGGUGAAGAUGCGAAGACAAUGGGAGGAGGCAGAACAAAAACUGGAAAAUACAAUAACCACAAUGCUGACUAUGGCUGACAUGAAAACUAACAUAGAAAAAGCUGCCACAGAGAUGAAAAACACACAAGAGGAAAUGUUCAAAGCCCAAAGGGAGAUGGAAAAGAACAAGGAAGAAGUGAAAAAAUACAUGGACAAGCUGACUUCAAUGAAAGCUCAGGUCAGCAGAUGGAUAUCGACAGAGUCUGCGAUCAAAAAGACUUUUUCAGUGAAAACAUCUAAACUUCAAGAACCACAGAAAGAAAGAGUCAGAGAAUCCCUCAAAGAUCAAACACGGGAAAUUCCAACAGACCAAGGAAGAGCAGACGAUGAACUUACAAAAGAGGCUGUGUCCUUCCAACAGUCUGGUCCAUUAGAAGACCAGCAGCAAAGUGAGGACAUGAAAGGACAGGAGCACAGGCAGUUUUUAGCAGUGGACAUAAAUGAAAAGCAGCAGAUUUUCUUACAGGUGCAGACAGAGGUCUAUGAAGAAAUCCUUUCUGAUGAUGAUCAGGCAGAAUUGAUAAUAAAUGUAAGACAAAAGGAAGAAGUGGAAAAGCAGAUAUUCACACUCAAGGAGAGAGAGGAGGAAAUCAAAGAACAAGUAAAGGAUGCUAUGGAGAACAUGGAGGAAAAAAAUCAAGAGAUUAAAAGGCUCAUUAGGGAUAUAAAUGACCUGCAGAGCCAGAGGCCGGAGACUGAAACUGGGUUACAAGUUACAGUCAGGGAAACUGGAAAAGUGGAGGAAGAAGACACGGGACUGCUGAAAGAAACAGAGCACAGAGACAUUUUGUGGGUAAACACCAAUGUUUUCAAACAUGAAACAACUACAUAUGAAGUCCAUGUGCAAAAAGAGGACAACGGCAAUGAAGUGAAACAAGAGUCUGACAUGAUGAGACUGACACAAAGUCAGGAGUCAAAAAAAGAUCUACAGACGCAGACUGAGGCGAUGGAUGGAGGUUCUGAGCCAAAGGACACAGGAAGUGCUGAUAUACAGAGACUUAGGGCAGAGAUUUACAGAACAAAAGAAAUCAUGAGAUUAGUAAAACUAGACCUAAAAGUCCAAACAGAGAGAAUGAAUGUUGACACAGAUCAUACAGAUGGUGACAGUGAAACAGAAGGACUGCUACAAGAAAUGAGACAAAUCCAAGAGUUUUUGAAAAUGGUAAAAACUGCAAUGAGGCAAAGCGAAAUGCACUUGGAAGAAGAAAUGAGUAACAUGAAAUUGGCAAAAACUGCAGCAAAAAGACAGAAAAGAGAACUGGAUCAGAGGUUGGAGAAAACCUUGAGAGAGAGAGACAAAUUAGACAUUUUGAAAAUCAAAGUGCAGAGACAAGCUGAAGCGAUUGAGCAGCAGCUGGAGAGAAUGGCGAACGUUAAGAGCGCCAUCGAGAAAAUGGCUGUGAAGACUAGAGAAAAAAGUCAGCAUGCAAAGAUUAUCAUGGACGAGACUGAAGCAAAACUGAGACAGUUAGAAGGCCUAAACGACAAGAUUAAGGCUACAGAACACCACCUGGAAAGCACUUAUCUGUUGAUAUCCCAGGAAAGAGCUAACCUCAAAAAAUUCAAGAACCAAAUCUGUCAGAAAAAGGUCGGAGAACCUGCAUCGGAAAAGAAGGGAGACAUAAAGAAAUACAGUACAGCUGAAGCUGAUAAAGAAAGGGACAAACAAAAGAGAAGAAUGGGCAAAGAAAUGGGGGAAACAGAAAAUGAAAACUUUGGACUCAGUUCAGAUAAGGAGAAGCUGGAAGAAGACGUUAAACUCAUCCUGGAGAGUCUGGACCAGAAAAACAGUGAAGCUGAACAACAUGAGCAAGUGAAGCAAGAGAUGAAGAGAGAAGAGAGUGAGAUGCUGAAACAACAGAUUCAAAUGGAGAAGGAGAGUGUGAAGAUAGCAAGACAGCAAGCCGAAGCUGAAAUGCAUGAGAUGAACUGUUUAAGGGAAUAUAUUGAAAGACAAAAAGAGGAGCUUGAUUUCAGAGCACAGGCAGCCAAAAGAGAAAUAAGAGAAAUGGAACUGCUCAAGUCAGAGCUGGAAACGAAGAGAAAAGAAGGUGAACAGAUGUUUGGGAAAAGCAUGAGAAAAAAAGAGGAGUGCGAAAUGGUGUGGAAGGAAAUACAAAGAGAGAAGGAAUCACUGAGGAGAGAGACCAGAAAAAGACAAAGAGAAUUAGACCAAAGACUGGAGAAAACCAUGAGAGAGAGGGAUGAGUUAGAGGUGCUGAGGAUAAAACUGCAACAACAGAAGGAAGAGCAAGCCGAGGACAGGCAGGGCAGCAAAGACACAACCACUCUCAUCCAAGUAUACAGAGGGUAUGAAAAACAAAGUCUGGAAAAGAAGACGGGAAGCAACAAGGAGGAAGAUGCAAUGGUACACCAAAGCUCAAAGAUCACUGAUUCCACUGCUGACCCCCAAAACAUGAGACAAAAGAUUGACGUACAGUUGGAAAUAAUUAGAAGGGAAAUGGGAAUUCUGGAAAAUGUAAAUGUUCACUUAGGGAAACAAAGAGAAGGGCUCAAAGCAUUAAAAGGCGAGAACAGGACUAUUAAAGACAACAUGAUCAAAACCAAAUCCUUCAUAAAGAUUGUCUUUGAAAAACUGACUAUUCAAGCAGAAGCAGAGGUGGAUGAAAUGGUCCAAAUGAGGGAGGAUAUCCAAAAACAAAAACAGGAGCUUGACAUUGCUCUAGUGAAAGUUAAAAGAGAAAGAAGAGAGAUGGAAGUGCUGAAGUCUGAGUUGGAGUUCAAGAAAAGAGAAAAUCAACAGAUGAUCCGAAAAGGCAACCGAAAAGACCAGGAAGUGAAAGAGAUGUGGGCUGAUGUCAAAGCAGAAAAAGAUGCCCUCAAGAAGGAGAUGAGGAAGAGGAAGAAAGAGCUCGACCAGCAGCUGGAGAGGAUCAUCAGAGAGAGAGAUGAACUAGAGAUCAUGAAGCUGAAGCUGCAAAAAGAAAAGGAUGAGAGCAGAGGUGGAACGGAGCGGUUGUGGGUUCCGCACAUCACUAAAGUUGCAAAUCAAAUUCUUAAGCACUGCCAACUAAUUCACAUAUGCAUGGAGAAAUGUAAAGACAUGAAAAAACACAGUGAAGAUUUGAAUGCAGCCAUUCAUGAUGAAAAACAACACAUGGAGGCCCAGGCAAAAAUCAUAACCCAGGCAAGGGAAGAAAUAGAAAACAUGAAGGAGGAUAUUAAAAGGCAGAAAGAAAUGAUGACGAGCGCAUUAAAGGACCUGCAGCAAAAGCAAACACAUUUGGAGCAAGUGGAGAUGAACAUCAGAAAAGUGGAAAAGGAGAAACAUGCAGAAAAAUCAGAAGAGUUAGACCUGAGAGAGAAGGAGAUGGAGAGUGAGAAGGAGCAGCUACAUGGAAAACUUGAUACUGCAACAGGACAACAGAAAUUAAAAAGUAGGAAAAAACUUCAUCUCAAAAAACUGAAAUCAGAGCUGAAGCAAGACAGAGAGGAUCCAAAAAGAGUGAAUGAGAGGAACAGAAAGAGAAAGGACUUAGAACAAUUCAGGUCUGAUGUUCUGAAACAUGGUCACAUGUUAGAACAAGAUAAAGAAGAUAUACGGAAGGAAGCCGAAAAGCUGGAAAUCACAAAGAUUGAGUUACAAAAGAAAACAGAACAUGCAGAAGAAGAAGGGGAACAUUUAAUGAUUGAUGUGAAGAAAAAGAAAGACAAGGUUGAAGCUGCCAUGAAGAACAUCAGCGGAGAGAGAGAACUCCUCAGCCAGAUGAAGACUGACAUUGACAGAGACAGAGAAAUGCUUUGGAAUGAAAAGGACAAACUGGAAAGAGAAAGGUCUGAGCUGAUGAUGAGGGAACAUCAAGUCACAAAUAAAAUGAAAGUCAUAGAAAAUCUGAGAGUAAAACUUUAUCAGCUGAAUGCAAGGAUGAGUAAAGACACGAGUGACAAAAUCAUCAGACUGGAAAAAAACAACGAAGACGUACUGAAACUGCUCAGUGUUUUGGAGCAAAAGCUAAUUGACGUGGAUCAACACAAAGAAAAUAUAACAUGUUCCACUGAGACGCUACAGAGAGAAAGGGAAGGUUUGAAGAGGGUGUUGUCAGAAAUUGUCGUCCAGAGAAAAGACAUGAAAAAUCGACUGGAAGCAGAGGCUGUAUUGGAGAAGAAAGAUCUAAUGAAACUAAAGGCAGAGCUGCAGAAAGAGAGAGAAGAUCAGGAAAGAAUGAAUGAGAUGAUGAACAAAGAGAAGCAGGAGCUGGAGCUGAUGAGAUCUGAUGUCAAGAACCAAAUGGACUUGUUAGAACAAGAGAAACAAGAUCUAAGCAAAGAAAAAGACAAGUUGGAAAUGACACAGACUGAACUACAGAAGAAGAAAGAACAUGCAGACAGUCUGUUUGAUGAGAUCAACAGAGAAAAAACCAACAUUAAAGAUCUGACCCUUCAGGUUCACACUGAAGGAGACAAACUUCAGAAUGUGAUGAACAUCAUUGCAUUGAAGCAAAAAGAACAGGAACUCCAGGAUGAGAACAACAGAAGAAUAAAAGAAGAACUGGAAAGCCAAGAGAAGAGAAUACUGGCAGAAAGACAGGAAGUGGAACGUUUGAGGAAGGAUCUCAUCAAGAAGAAAGAAGAAGCUGAGGUUGCAAUGGAGGACAUGAGUGGAGAGAGAGAAUUCCUCAGUCAGAUGAAGACUGACAUUGACAGAGAGAGAGAAAUGUUUUGGAAUGAAAAGGACAAACUGGAAAGAGAAAGAUCUGAGCUGAUGAUGAGGGAACAUCAACUGACCAAUAAAAUGAAAGUCAUAGAAAAUCUGAGAGUAAAACUUCAACAGCUGAAUGAAAGGAUGAGUAAAGACAUCAAACACAAAAUGGAAAGUUUACAACACAACAAUGAAGAUGUGAUAAUAGUGUGCAAUGCCCUGGAAGAAAAGGUAGCAGAACUUGAUGGACAGAAAGAAAACAUGGCGUGUUACUCUGAGCUGUUAGAGAGAGAAAAGGAAGGUCUGAUCAGUAUACUGUCAGACAUUGUCAUCCAGAAAGAGAACACUGAAAAUCUAUUGAAGGAAAACAAACUGACAGAAAAACUACAUCUUGAUGGACUGAAGACUGAGCUGGAGAAAGAAAGAGAAGAUCUGAACAGAGAGAAGGAGAUGAUGAACAAAGAGAAACUGGACUUGGAGCUGAUGAGAUCUGACGUCAAGAACCAAAUGGACUUGUUAGAACAAGAGAAACAAGGUCUAAGCAAAGAAAAACACAAGUUGGAAAUGACACAGACUGAACUACAGAAGAAGAAAGAACAUGCAGACAGUCUGUUUGAUGAGAUCAACAGAGAGAAAACCAACAUUAAAGAUCUGACCCUUCAAGUUCACACUGAAAGAGACAAACUUCAGAAUGUGAUGAACAUCAUUGCAUUAAAGCAAAAAGAACAAGAACUAAAGGACAAUGACAUCAAAACACAAACUCAAGAACUACAAACCCAAAGGAACAGUGUAAUGGAAGAAAAAGAAAAACUGCAAGUUUUGAGGAAGGAUCUCAACAAAGAGAAAGAGGAGAUUGAUUCUGCCAUGAACAGCAUCAGUAGAGAGAGAGAACUCCUCAGUCAGAUGAAGACUAGUCUUGACAUGGACAGAGAACAACUUGAGAAGGAGAAAGAUAAACUGGAAGCAGAACUGUCUGAGUUUAACGUCAGAGAAGAUCAGUUCUUGAGGAAAAUACUAUCCUUACAAACUCUAAGGGCAAAACUCAAGGAGCUGAAUGAAAGGACUUGCAGAGAGAUCAAAAACAAAACAGAAAUAUUAGAACAAAACAAAAGAGAUAUGCAGAGUUUAUGCCUGAUAUUGAAGCAAAGACUUGCAGACACUGAUGAGGAGAGAAACCAGAUAUCGGUUUACACUCAGAUGAUACAAACAGAAAAAAAUCAACUUAGAGGUUUACUAUCAGAGAUGGUAAUGAAACAAGAAGUCAUGGAAAAUCAAUGGAAGAAGAAGAUUGACAUGGAAGAGAUAAAUCUUGACAAACAGAGGGCAGAACUGAUGAAAGAAAGGGAAGAUGUGGAAAGAAUGAAUGAGAAGAUGAACAAAGAGAAACUGGACUUGGAGCUGAUGAGAUCUGAUGUCAAGAACCAAAUGGACUUGUUAGAACAAGAGAAACAAGAUCUAAGAAAAGAAAAAGACAAGUUGGAAAUGACAAAGACUGAACUACAGAAGAAGAAAGAACAUGCAGACAGUCUGUUUGAUGAGAUCAACAGAGAGAAAACCAACAUUAAAGAUCUGACCCUUCAGGUUCACACUGAAAGAGACAAACUUCAGAAUGUGAUGACCAUCAUUGCAUGGAAGCAAAAAGAACAAGAACUCAAGGAUGAGAACAACAGAAGAAUAAAAGAAGAACUGGAAAGCCAAGAGGAGAGAAUACUGGCAGAAAGACAAGAAGUGGAAAGUUUGAGGAAGGAUCUCAACAAGAAGAAAGAAGAAGCUGAAGCCACAAUGAAGGACAUGAGUGGAGAGAGAGAACUCCUCAGUCAGAUGAAGACUGAGAUUGACAGAGACAGAGAAAUGUUUUGGAAUGAAAAGGACAAACUGGAAAGAGAAAGGUCUGAGCUGAUGAUGAGGGAACAUCAAGUCACCAAUAAAAUGAAAGUCAUAGAAAAUCUGAGAGUAAAACUGCAACAGCUGAAUGAAAGGAUGAAUAAAGACAUGAGUAACAAAAUCAUCAGACUGGAACAAAACAAUGAAGACGUUCUGAAACUGCUCAGUGUUUUGGAGCAAAAGCUAAUUGAUGUGGAUCAACACAAAGAAAAUAUAACACGUUCCACUGAGACACUACAGAGAGAAAGGGAAGGUUUGAAGAGGGUGUUGUCAGGAAUUGUCGUCCAGAGACAAGACAUGAAAAAUCGACUGGAAGCAGAGGCUGUGUUGGAGAAGAAAGAUCUAAUGAAACUAAAAGCAGAGCUGGAGAAAGAGAGAGAAGAUCAGGAAAGAAUGAAUGAGAUGAUGAACAAAGAGAAGAUGGACAUGGAGCUGAUGAGAUCUGACGUCAAGAACCAAAUGGACUUGUUAGAACAAGAGAAACAAGAUCUAAGAAAAGAAAAAGACAAGUUGGAAAUGACAAAGACUGAACUACAGAAGAAGAAAGAACAUGCAGACAGUCUGUUUGAUGAGAUCAACAGAGAGAAAACCAACAUUAAAGAUCUGACCCUACAAGUUCACACUCAAAGAGACAAACUUCAGAAUGUGAUGAACAUCAUUGCAUGGAAGCAAAAAGAACAAGAACUCCAGUAUGAGAACAACAGAAGAAUAAAAGAAGAACUGGAAAGCCUAGAGAAGAGAAUACUGGCAGAAAGACAGGAAGUGGAACGUUUGAGGAAGGAUCUCAACAAGAAGAAAGAAGAAGCUGAGGUUGCAAUGAAGGACAUGAGUGGAGAGAGAGAAUUCCUCAGUCAGAUGAAGACUGAGAUUGACAGAGACAGAGAAAUGUUUUGGAAUGAAAAGGACAAACUGGAACGAGAAAGGUCUGAGCUGAUGAUGAGGGAACAUCAAGUCACCAAUAAAAUGAAAGUCAUAGAAAAUCUGAGAGUAAAACUGCAACAGCUGAAUGAAAGGAUGAAUAAAGACAUGAGUAACAAAAUCAUCAGACUGGAACAAAACAAUGAAGACGUUCUGAAACUGCUCAGUGUUUUGGAGCAAAAGCUAAUUGAUGUGGAUCAACACAAAGAAAAUAUAACACGUUCCACUGAGACACUACAGAGAGAAAGGGAAGGUUUGAAGAGGGUGUUGUCAGGAAUUGUCGUCCAGAGACAAGACAUGAAAAAUCGACUGGAAGCAGAGGUUGUGUUGGAGAAGAAAGAUCUAAUGAAACUAAAAGCAGAGCUGGAGAAAGAGAGAGAAGAUCAGGAAAGAAUGAAUGAGAUGAUGAACAAAGAGAAGAUGGACAUGGAGCUGAUGAGAUCUGACGUCAAGAACCAAAUGGACUUGUUAGAACAAGAGAAACAAGAUCUAAGAAAAGAAAAAGACAAGUUGGAAAUGACAAAGACUGAACUACAGAAGAAGAAAGAACAUGCAGACAGUCUGUUUGAUGAGAUCAACAGAGAGAAAACCAACAUUAAAGAUCUGACCCUACAAGUUCACACUCAAAGAGACAAACUUCAGAAUGUGAUGAACAUCAUUGCAUGGAAGCAAAAAGAACAAGAACUCCAGUAUGAGAACAACAGAAGAAUAAAAGAAGAACUGGAAAGCCAAGAGAAGAGAAUACUGGCAGAAAGACAGGAAGUGGAACGUUUGAGGAAGGAUCUCAACAAGAAGAAAGAAGAAGCUGAGGUUGCAAUGAAGGACAUGAGUGGAGAGAGAGAAUUCCUCAGUCAGAUGAAGACUGACAUUGACAGAGAAAGAGAAAUGUUUUGGAAUGAAAAGGACAAACUGGAAAGAGAAAGGUCUGAGCUGAUGAUGAGGGAACAUCAAAUUGUCGUCCAGAGACAAGACAUGAAAAAUCGACUGGAAGCAGAGGCUGUGUUGGAGAAGAAAGAUCUAAUGAAACUAAAAGCAGAGCUGGAUAAAGAGAGAGAAGAUCAGGAAAGAAUGAAUGAGAUGAUGAACAAAGAGAAGCUGGACAUGGAGCUGAUGAGAUCUGACAUCAAGAACCAAAUGGACUUGUUAGAACAAGAGAAACAAGAUCUAAGAAAAGAAAAAGACAAGUUGGAAAUGACAAAGACUGAACUACAGAAGAAGAAAGAACAUGCAGACAGUCUGUUUGAUGAGAUCAACAGAGAGAAAACCAACAUUAAAGAUCUGACCCUACAAGUUCACACUCAAAGAGACACACUUCAGAAUGUGAUGAACAUCAUUGCAUGGAAGCAAAAAGAACAAGAACUCCAGUAUGAGAACAACAGAAGAAUAAAAGAAGAACUGGAAAGCCUAGAGAAGAGAAUACUGGCAGAAAGACAGGAAGUGGAACGUUUGAGGAAGGAUCUCAACAAGAAGAAAGAAGAAGCUGAGGUUGCAAUGAAGGACAUGAGUGGAGAGAGAGAAUUCCUCAGUCAGAUGAAGACUGACAUUGACAGAGAAAGAGAAAUGUUUUGGAAUGAAAAGGACAAACUGGAAAGAGAAAGGUCUGAGCUGAUGAUGAGGGAACAUCAAGUCACCAAUAAAAUGAAAGUCACAGAAAAUCUGAGAGUAAAACUGCAACAGCUGAAUGAAAGGAUGAGUAAAGACAUCAAACACAAAAUGGAAAGUUUACAACAGAAAAAUGAAGAUGUGAUAUUAGUGUACAAUGCACUGGAAGAAAAUAUAGCAGAACUUGGUGGACAGAAAGAAAACAUGGUGUGUUACUCUGAGCUGUUAGAGAGAGAAAAGGAAGGUCUGAUCAGUAUACUGUCAGACAUUGUCAUCCAGAAAGAGAACACUGAAAAUCUAUGGAAGCAAAACAUACUGACAGAAAAACUACAUCUUGAUGGACUGAAGACUGAGCUGGAGAAAGAGAGAGAAGAUCUGAACAGAGAGAAGGAGAUGAUGAACAAAGAGAAACUGGAGUUGGAGCUGAUGAGAUCUGACGUCAAGAACCAAAUGGACUUGUUAGAACAAGAGAAACAAGAUCUAAGCAAAGAAAAAGACAAGUUGGAAAUGACAAAGACUGAACUACAGAAGAAGAAAGAACAUGCAGACAGUCUGUUUGAUGAGCUCAACAGAGAGAAAACCAACAUUAAAGAUCUGACCCUUCAAGUUCACACUGAAAGAGACAAACUUCAGAAUGUGAUGAACAUCAUUGCACUGAAGCCAAAAGAACAAGAACUCCAGGAUGAGAACAACAGAAAAAUGAAACAAGAACUGGAAAGCCAAGAGGAGAGAAUACUGGCAGAAAGACAGGAAGUGGAACGUUUGAGGAAGGAUCUCAACAAGAAGAAAGAAGAAGCUGAGGUUGCAAUGAAGGACAUGAGUGGAGAGAGAGAAUUCCUCAGUCAGAUGAAGACUGACAUUGACAGAGAAAGAAAAAUGUUUUGGAAUGAAAAGGACAAACUGGAACGAGAAAGGUCUGAGCUGGUGAUGAGGGAACAUCAAGUCACCAAUAAAAUGAAAGUCAUAGAAAAUCUGAGAGUAAAACUGCAACAGCUGAAUGAAAGGAUGAGUAAAGACAUCAAACACAAAAUGGAAAGUUUACAACAGAAAAAUGAAGAUGUGAUAUUAGUGUACAAUGCACUGGAAGAAAAUAUAGCAGAACUUGGUGGACAGAAAGAAAACAUGGUGUGUUACUCUGAGCUGUUAGAGAGAGAAAAGGAAGGUCUGAUCAGUAUACUGUCAGACAUUGUCAUCCAGAAAGAGAACACUGAAAAUCUAUGGAAGCAAAACAUACUGACAGAAAAACUACAUCUUGAUGGACUGAAGACUGAGCUGGAGAAAGAGAGAGAAGAUCUGAACAGAGAGAAGGAGAUGAUGAACAAAGAGAAACUGGAGUUGGAGCUGAUGAGAUCUGACGUCAAGAACCAAAUGGACUUGUUAGAACAAGAGAAACAAGAUCUAAGCAAAGAAAAAGACAAGUUGGAAAUGACAAAGACUGAACUACAGAAGAAGAAAGAACAUGCAGACAGUCUGUUUGAUGAGCUCAACAGAGAGAAAACCAACAUUAAAGAUCUGACCCUUCAAGUUCACACUGAAAGAGACAAACUUCAGAAUGUGAUGAACAUCAUUGCACUGAAGCAAAAAGAACAAGAACUCCAGGAUGAGAACAACAGAAGAAUGAAACAAGAACUGGAAAGCCAAGAGGAGAGAAUACUGGCAGAAAGACAGGAAGUGGAACGUUUGAGGAAGGAUCUCAACAAGAAGAAAGAAGAAGCUGAGGUUGCAAUGAAGGACAUGAGUGGAGAGAGAGUACUCCUCAGUCAGAUGAAGACUGACAUUGACAGAGACAGAGAAAUGUUUUGGAAUGAAAAGGACAAACUGGAACGAGAAAGGUCUGAGCUGGUGAUGAGGGAACAUCAAGUCACCAAUAAAAUGAAAGUCAUAGAAAAUCUGAGAGUAAAACUGCAACAGCUGAAUGAAAGGAUGAGUAAAGACACGAGUAACAAAAUCAUCAGACUGGAACAAAACAACGAAGACGUACUGAAACUGCUCAGUGUUUUGGAGCAAAAGCUAAUUGAUGUGGAUCAACACAAAGAAAAUAUAACACGUUCCAAUGAGACACUACAGAGAGAAAGGGAAGGUUUGAAGAGGGUGUUGUCAGGAAUUGUCGUCCAGAGACAAGACAUGAAAAAUCGACUGGAAGCAGAGGCUGUGUUGGAGAAGACAGAUCUAAUGAAACUAAAGGCAGAGCUGGAGAAAGAGAGAGAAGAUCUGGAAAGAAUGAAUGAGAUGAUGAACAAAGAGAAGCUGGACGUGGAGGCGAUGAGGUCUGACAUCAAGAACCAAAUGGACUUGUUAGAACAAGAGAAAGGAGAUUUAAGCAAAGAAAAAGACAAGUUGGAAAAGACCCAGACUGAACUACAGAAGAAGAAAGAACAUGCAGACAGUCUGUUUGAUGAGCUCAACAGAGAGAAAACCAACAUUAAAGAUCUGACCCUUCAGGUUCACACUGAAAGAGACAAACUUCAGAAUGUGAUGAACAUCAUUGCAUGGAAGCAAAAAGAACAAGAACUCCAGGAUGAGAACAACAGAAGAAUAAAAGAAGAACUGGAAAGCCAAGAGAAGAGAAUACUGGCAGAAAGACAGGAAGUGGAACGUUUGAGGAAGGAUCUCAACAAGAAGAAAGAAGAAGCUGAGGUUGCAAUGAAGGACAUGAGUGGAGAGAGAGAAUUCCUCAGUCAGAUGAAGACUGACAUUGACAGAGAAAGAGAAAUGUUUUGGAAUGAAAAGGACAAACUGGAACGAGAAAGGUCUGAGCUGAUGAUGAGGGAACAUCAAGUCACCAAUAAAAUGAAAGUCAUAGAAAACCUGAGAGUAAAACUGCAACAGCUGAAUGAAAGGAUGAGUAAAGACAUCAAACAAAGAGAACACUGA